AUGGCGGCGGGAGAAAAAGGUGUGAGAGGUAGGAGAAGAGAACGAGAUGUGACGGAUCAAGGUACGACGACGACGGUGGAGACACCGACGGUGAAACGGAGGAAGAUGAUGGAGGAAGAAGUAGAAUCGAGGAUUGUAUUAUCUCCACAGGCGACGAAUCGCGGCGGAAUUAUAGCGACGAGAAAUUCAGCUGGUGUCGUUAUCGUUCGACGGCGAGGAGAAGAACAGUGUCAGAUUCCUCUUAGCUCUGAUUUGGAUUCUUAUUGCUCUGGUAAUAUUCAUAACAAUAGAUCGGAAGAGAAAUCGAAAAGAAGAAUCGAAUUCGUUGAUUUUCAGGAAAAUUAUAACGGUGGUGGUGGUGAUGAUGAAAUCGAAACGUCGUGGAUUUAUGAUAAUUUCAACAAAAGGAAGAACCCAUACAGUGAACAAGAGGAAUCGGUGAAUUACAUGGAUUCCAAAGCUAUGGAGAAUCGAUCAUCAGAAGAUACCGUCGUUGAAUCUCGCCGCCGGUUAAAGAAAAGCGGUGAGACAACGACGGUGAAAGAAGGUGAGAUUGAAGAUUUUUUCCAAACGGCAGAGAAAGAUCUCCGGAAUAAAAUGUUGGAAUGUUCAAGAAAGUAUAAUUUCGAUUUCGAGAAAGAUGAGCCAUUAGGUGGACGAUACGAGUGGGUAAAAUUGAAUCCUUGA